UAUAGUUCAUACGACGAGCAUACCAGCAUUGCGUGGCCAACUGCCCGUGGUGAUCAUAUGUGGUCUUUUUUAAAUCGUACAUAAUGUCAUCUUUCCCUUAUUGUUCUAUUCAAAGUUGGUGUGCAACAGAUCUGCAGCGAAGGUGUACUGUGAAGUGCUGUCACGGACUGGUCUCGGGGACGACGGGGUCACGCUCCGCCUGCUGUUGGGCUGCUUGUAAACUUAGUAGUAGAUGGGGAUGGCAGGAGCUGAGGGGUGGCCCUGGUUUCGUGCCUGCCCCUCGUUCUGUGGAACGUAAACUAGGACUAACCUUCACUUUCAGUGCAUCCUUGACUGGGCUGUGGAAUGCGAAAUCGCCAAUUAAGCAUGUUCGCCAGGUCGAUGUGACAUAAUCUAUAUGACAAGGUACGCGAUGCUGGAGAUUUUCCACAGUUCAUGAACAUCUGAGCUGAUCAGCUGCACAUAUUAUCACUGUUCUCUUGAUGGUCUCUGCUGGAGCAGGUACCCUUGCAAGAGGAUAUAGGUCAGUCACGUCAUAAGGGUCAGAUCCGAGCUGAGACCAGCCGUAUCGAAUCA